UCAGGAAGCUAAACACAUUUCACAUACAGCUACACGAACAGAUGAAAUGCCCCUUGCUGGUAAGGAGGGUAACGAGAACAGGCAUAGUAAUCUGCAAUUCGGGAAGGAGGCGAGUAAAACUGAAAAACAUUGCGAAGAGGACAUAUGCAAUGUGUCAUCCGAAGAAGACCCAGAAAAACACUCUGACAGCACAAAGUGUACGACGGAAUUCGUUAAGGUCUGCUGGGAGACAGCAGAUGAGUAUGUGAAUCAGAUCAUAAAAGCUCAGGAUGCUGACAUAGAUCACAAUAUCAAGGAAUCGGACAUUGAGUGCAAGGAAAAGGUCUCCAAAAGGAACUUCUACCACAAGGCAGAGGCAGAAGUAAGACCGGAUAUUUGCUACACCUCCGAAGAACAGCCGUCCGAAGAGACAAAUGAUUACUCUGACAGCAACCCCAAGGAAGAAAUACGCUCUGAGAGUGAUCCGGAAACAACUUCUUGUUCAAGCCAAAAAUCCACUGACACCUCCCUGAGCUACAGUCAAGUUUACAGCGAGAUCUACGAAGAGUCAACAAGGCGUCAACAGAGGGCAGACAGACUCUGUCGUGUGUUCAAUCUGAAUAAAUUCAGAGAGGAAUAUUCAUCGGGCUAUCCCGCAGAAUGGGCACAUCGAACUGAAGAAGAUUCAGAGCCAUACACAGACAGAAGUUGGAGCUCCGAGACCUGGAGCGAUGUUGCACACUAUCGCAGAGCGACAAAUGUGAGCAUCAAACCAAAGGUCAGUGGUUUUAUGGAAACGUUUCACAGUCCCGAUUGCGGGGAGCAGCAAAAGGAACAGGAAGAGAAGACAGCCACAAAUAGCUCUGUCGAUUCUGCUGAUGCACCUGAAGAUUGCAAUGAUCAGGAGCCACUGAGGAUCAUAAGCGAGUAUGAGAACAAGGAUGCCUUAGAUAGCGUGAGAAGCUCCUUUGGCAGAUCGAUAGACAGCGAUGAGCUAGAGUUUGAUUCAGAGCAGAUUGGAGAAAGUGAAGGGCAAACGCCUCAACCUUCACCAAGAAGCCUGAAAGAUUUCCAUGCAGGACCCAGUCAUUGUCAAAUCAGCUCUCAAAAGGAUCAGAAGGAGAUUUCUCAAGCGGAACGCAGUGACCGAGAGAUGACAGAUGACACCAGCUAUCCAGCCAGCAGCGAGAGUUCCACCAGAUCAACAAUACACCGAUCUUCUCUACCGAGAGAUAAUCUCUGCUGCGGCACACGCCAUCAUCAUCAGCGUCAUCGUCGGCGUCCGCGUCGCCCUAAAAGUGUGCCCAAGAAAUAUCAAGAUCGUGGAAAUAGUCCCAUUAACAUUAAGAUGGCACGAUGCAGCAGCAACUCGGAGAAAGUUGACAGUAAGACUGAGGGAAAUCAGGAUUGCUUAAUUACCAGAUCGAUGGCCUCCAUUGGAACACAAUGUCAAAGCGAUUGUGAGGGGAAUGGGCCGAAGACAGCGCGAAGUCCCUUGGGUCUAAGGAUCUACAAUGCAGACGAGGCGUUGAUGGAAUUGCCAGAUACCAAGGGUUAUGUAGUCAUGGAUGAGAAUUCAUGCUUCUUGGACCUAUCGGCCUCCGCCAAUGAAGACCAAAUCCGAGCUAAGCUCUUGGCAGCAGCUCUGACCAGCACCAGGAGUGGGAAUAAGCGCAGAAGAGAGAGAAUAACUCCCAACGAUGACACCUGCCAUCGGUCGAUAAAGAACUGCAUGCCCAGUGUAAUAUUCAAACGACGCACUGAGCCGGUGAAGGAUAUAUUCAAUAAAGAUCGCUUGUAUUGGAUAGCCGAGAGCAUUCUGAGGGCCUCUGAGCAAAGAUAUCAAGAUAUCCCAAUGGAAUACCCGAUAUCCAGGGGAUACGAUGCUGAUCGAUUGCAUGUUGAUCGCGAGAUUCGGGGAUUGGAGUUCAACAAAAGGUUCCAGCAGCAGCUGCGGGCUCUCGAGGAGAUUUUUCAUUGAAUCGUUAUGGAUUAAAUAUAUUUUGAACAAUUACGUGACAUCGAA